AUGACAAUAACUUCCGAUAAAAACGUUAGAAAAAUAAAACUUGUUCGCAAUAACAUAAUUUCUUUAGAUUCAGUGAAUUCUAUGAAAUCCACAAUCAAGACAAUGUUAUACGAAGCAGAACAAGAAAGUCCUGAUGGUGCACUUGAUGGUGCGAUUAAAGUCGUAACUUUAAUCGAUACAUGUAUUGAGAUCCUUAAAAGUAAAGGAUUUUAUUAUAAACAAACUCAUUUAUCGGGUCAACCAAUUAUACAUGAUUCAAUUACAAAUGAUUUUGCUAUUUUGGAUAUCCAAUGCGAUGAUAAUAACGAAUCUGGUGUUAAAAUAAAGAAUUCAAAUGCCCAUAUCAAAAAUAAGGUUACAAAGGGUAAAGGAAAUGCGCGUUAUGACCAUGUAAUUAAGAAUGGAUCCAAGAAGAUUUCGAUACAAAAAGAUUCUAAACGAACUUUGGGAAGAUUAGAUAAUGUUUCGUCGACCCAAACCAAACCAAAACGUGCAUCAAAGGAAAUCGAUAGGACUGAGAUGAGAACAAAUUUUACGCGUUCUUCGAAGGAAGUCGAAGCUCAAUUAAUGAGAUUAGGUUCUAAACGAAUUUCAAGGAAUGUUGAUACUUCAUCGGCGAAAUUAAGUUCUAAACGAACUUCAAAAAAAGUUGAUGAUACUACUAAAAUCAUCCCACCGGCGAGAACAAAUUCUAAGCGACCUUCAAAUGAAGCUCCGUUGUCAAAACAAAUUUCAAAAGAAAUUUUUGAUAGAGUUGAUAUUCCCCCAUUUUCAGAAAAUUCAAGUCAUAUCGCCGAAUUUAUCUACCCUUUUUCGUUCAAGAAAGAUUUUAUCGACACAGAAUUUCCCAGAGAACAAUCAUCAGACGAAGAGUUUGACAUUGCCAAGUUAGACCAUAUGUUCGUUAAUCCUUUUGCUGAAAUUUACGGCGAUGAUGUUAUUGAAGAUAGUAUGACUAAUAACAUUUUGGAUGUAAGGGUAACUGAACCACCCUUUCAUGUCGAUGAUUCAGCCAUCGAUACGUCUAUUUCAUCUAAUAACAUGCAACUUUGUACGGAAAAUGAAAUUGAACAUAUGCUCGAAAACACAAUUUCUAAGUUUGAGCCAUCACCUUAUUGGGCUGAUAUUACGAAUUUUAAUAACAUAGGAAUUGAUCCAUCGUCUGCAUCUUGCAAAGAAUCAUCGGAAAUUCAGAAUCAAAUUAACGUUAACAAUUUUAAUAUUGAUAGUUUGACUAACAACACAUUAAAUUUUCCUGAAAAUGCCACGAUUAAUAAUGCAAUUAACUUUAAUGUCUCUACGAACCAACCUGCAUUAGAGAAUGGUGAUAAUAUUAACGCUAUGAAUGGUAUUGAUAACGUUUUGGCAUAUCAAAUGGAAACUUUUAUGGAUGCUUUAGCUUUGUCUGAUGAUAAUACUUUUUCUAUGUUAAAUACGGGUGGAAAUAUUAAUGAUCUUUCCGAGGUGUUUAUGCCAACGUUUGUUCCUACCGAUAUUAACAAUUCUGACCCUACAACAUCCGAUAACUUAAUGGAUAUUGACAUGAUCACUUAUAUAAAUGACAUGAGUUAUGGUAUUGAUGAAUUUAACGUUGAUGGUAUUAUUCCUUCGGAUCAGACUAUUGGAAUAGAUGCAUUAUUUCAUUUUGAUGGUGAUGUGGCAACAGGUUCAGGAUACGCUGUGGAUCCUACUGUGGUUAAUAAGAAAAUUGCUCCUAAAGCCAAGGCUGCAUCGGACGAAUCCGCAAACCCUGAGGCUCCCAAAGUACAAAAAAGUUUUGUUUUCAAGUCGGGAAAAGUUGGUAAAUCUGUAGCAGCAUUAGUAAAAGAUAUACGUAAAGUGAUGGAACCCAAUACUGCUAUACGAGUUGUUCUUUUUAAUUAUAAUGCCGAUACAAAACAUAUUGACUUUAGGCAUUAUAAUAUUGAUCUGAAACCUGUUGGUUUAAGCAAAAGCGUACGAAGAAUUGUUUCAACCAAUGUUCCUGACUUACACAAAUAUAAUGAUAUAAGUGAAUAUGUAUUAAGUGAAGCAGAAAGUGGUGUUGAGGCAACCGUAACUUUGGCUCAAAAUUUUGUUGGCAAGAAUAACCGAAAAUCAGAUAAACGUGCUGUUAAAUUAAGGGAAAUAGGUCCUCGUAUGGAAUUGCUAUUGGUUAAAAUUCAGGCUGGAUUAUGUGAUGGGGAAGUAUUGAUACAACAUGAACGUAAACAACGGAAGCAACUAGCUGCACUGAGGAGAAAGGAACAGGAAAAGAAUGUUGAGAGAAAGCAAGCUGAAAAGGAGGCUCACCGCUUUAUUACAAGUGGCGGAAAAAAAGUUGGGCAAAAAGAACAAACAUCAGAUCUCGAGAACAAUGUCAACGAACGUACUGGCGAUUUUCAAAGUGAUUCCGAAGAUCUGGAUAUUUCAGGGGAUAGUCAGAAUGAUUCUGAGGAUGAUGAGAAUGAUUCUGAGAAUGACCUUGAGAAUGAUUCUGAGAAUGACUCUGAGAAUGACUCUGAGAAUGAUUCUGAGGAUGAUGAAGAUGAUGAUAAUGAUGACUUAUAUGAUGAAUUUUCGGAUAUAGAGAGUGAACAUGAUAAUAUGAAUGGCUAUUCAAGGGUUAACAACAAACCUAAAAAGAAUGAACGUCAAAAAAGAAAGUUCGAUUCCUUAAAAGGGAAGCCGAAAUUUUCUAUGAAAAUUGGAACAAAUAAAAGACGUAAAAAAUAA